AUGCCCCGGCCAGGGAAGAACUCCUACAGUGACCAGAAACCUCCAUACUCAUACAUCUCUCUGACCGCCAUGGCCAUCCAAAGUUGCUCUGAGAAGAUGCUCCCUCUCAGUGACAUCUACAAAUUCAUCAUGGACCGUUUCCCAUAUUACCGUGAGAACACUCAGCGUUGGCAAAACUCACUCCGGCACAACCUUUCCUUCAACGACUGCUUCAUUAAGAUCCCUCGACGCCCUGACCAGCCUGGCAAGGGAAGCUUCUGGGCCCUGCAUCCAGACUGUGGAGACAUGUUUGAGAAUGGCAGCUUCCUGCGCCGCCGCAAACGUUUUAAGCUCCUUCGAGUAGAACAUUCGGCAUGCAAGAGUAGCCCCUUGCUACACUCCUACCAUUCUCACCAUCAUACUCAGCACUCAUUGCAUCAGUCCCACCAUCAUUCGGGAAAGCUGGGUGUGGGACAUCCAGAGUACCUGAGCACCAUGGGCCGACUUUCCCACUUUCAGAGCUACACGCUCAGUGGUGGGCAGACUGGCAGCUUCAAGCAUCCGUUUGCCAUCGAGAGUCUGAUCGGCCGAGACUAUAAAGGAGUGAUGGCUAGCGGUUUGCCUAUUGCAUCGGUCAUGCAUCACCUGGGCUAUCCCAUGCCCCCUCAGCUGGGUGGUAUGGUCAAUUCUGUGUGGCCACACGUUGGCAUGCUGUCCGAGCCAGUGUCAUCAGACUAUCCCCCAUUCAGUGUGGCAGUGAAGGGGCUUUACCAUCACCAUCCUGGAACCCAGAGCUUGCCUGCUGUGCCCAUGCCCAUCAAACCUACACCAACCCUGGGCACAGUGCCCUCCUUAACUGCCAUUACACCAGGAGUUACACAGUUAUGCCCAAGAACAGCAGCAAUGAUGGAGAGGGAUGCAGCUCUUAUUGAGGAAAAAAGUGGGUCUCUUCAUCCUGCUCACCUGCAGUCUUGAAACAUAAACUGAUGACGAGAGCACGUUUUGGAUCUCUUUGGACUUAAGAUGCCAACCUUUUCCUGAAGAUCUGUAGUGUCAUUUAAAAACUGUUAAAAAAGCACUUUUGGCUUUGUAUUUUAGGCUACUUUAUAUUAUGCAGAGGGCAGAUUUUAUCAGAAGUUUUGCCGUUUUCUGCUUCGUGUUUAAUGAGGUAUGUGUACAUGCUUUAACUUCUUUAAAAUGUAUACUGUACAAACAAAGGACUGUAUAAACUUGAAAAAGAAAA